AUGGGGGACAGAUCUAUGGUGGGGGACAGAUCUGCCGGUGGGGGACAGACCGGACGGCACAGGACGGGACGAGGUGAGCGCUGCCCGGAGCAGCCUCACGUGUCGCCGCAGGCCGUGCCGGGCAGGGACCGCGCGGACUUUGGUGCCGCAGCAGCGCUGCCGCCCGCUCGGCGCUUCACCCCGGCCUUGGCCCCGCGGCCCCGGUGCCCGGGCUCGUUCCCGGGAAGAACCGAGGCGGAAAGGAAAGGAAAGGACACGAGCGCGGCGGGGACCGGCGGGAGCGCGGCCUCGGAAGGGGAAGGUGCGAGCCCGGCCCGCCGAUCCCCGUCCGCCCCGCACUGCCCGAGCCGGGCUCGCCCUCCCGCACCCGCCGCGGGGCUCGGGGCUCCCUUCGCGUCCCGGUGGGAGCGGCACCGGUGUCCCCGUCCCCAUCCCGUGCCGCGAUCCCCGCGGGGUGCAGCGAGCGCCGCGGGCCAGGCCCAGCCCCGUCCCCCGAGCCCGGGGGGCAGCGGCCCCCAGGUCACCCGGCCGGACCUCCACGUUGUGUUUACACGGAGUGAGGUCCAAAACGCCUUCCCGUCCCAAAGCCGCCUUAUCGGCCGCUCCUCGGCCGCCCCCCGAGCCUACAUAAGGGCGGGCAGCGGCCGCCUCCGGCCGGGAGGGACGCGGGAGGCGACCCGGGCCAGCCCGAGCAUGCUGCUGAAGGCCGCGCUGCUGCUCUCGCUGCUGGCCGCCUGCCCAGUGCCCCCGGCCGAGGCGGCGCAGAGCGGGCUCUGGCGGUACCUGAGCCAGCUGACGGGGGACAAGGACAGCCUGGAGCGCGGCCACAGCAAGCUGGGCAGUGACAGCGGUGCGGGGCGCGAGGGGGCCACGGGGCGGUCACUCGGGGCUCUCCCGUGCAGGAACCUGAAGGAGAGCGUUCAGGAUGGGCUCAGCUCCGUGGGGGGACUCCUGGAGAAGCUGUCCCCGCUGGGCAGGGGCCCGCAGCCCCCCCGGCUGGGGGAGGACCCGGGCAGCCUGCGCAAGGCCCUCCGCAGGGAGCUGGACAGCCUCCGCCUGCAGCUGUCCCCGUACGUGGACGAGGUGCACCAGCAGGUCGGCAGGCAGCUGGACGAGCUGCGGCAGCAGCUGCGGCCGCUCACGGAGGAGCUGCUGGACCAGGUGUCCCUGCGGGCCCGGGAGCUGCGGCGGCACCUGGUGCCCAGCCGGGAGGUGGCCGCGCAGCUCCUGGGCGGCGCCGACGAGCUGCAGCGCUUCGCGGCUCACUACGGCGACAAGAUCGCCUUCCACACGGAGCAGGUGAAGGACAUCUUCCGGCCGUACGCCGAGCGGCUGCUGAGCGAGAUCCACCGCAACGUGCAGGAGCUGCACCGCGGCGUGGCCCCGCACGCCCGCGCCAGCCCCGAGCAGCUCAACCGGCACAUCCAGGAGCUGUCGGCCAAGCUGGCCCGCAACGCGCGGGACCUGCACCGGCAGAUCCAGCGGAAGCUGGAGCAGCUCAAGGCCAAGCUGAGCCUGUACCCCGGCGGGGCCGCGGCCGCCCCGGGCCGCUCCCGGGAGGCGCUGGCGCGGGAGGUGCAGCGGCGCGUGGAGGAGUUCCGGCGGGACGCGUACGCGCAGAUCCGGGCCUUCACCCGGGCGCUGGACCAGGAGACCGAGGAGAUGCGGCUGAAGCUCAGCGCCCGCCCGGAGCCGCCCGAGGGGCCGCCGGACGCGCCGCCGCCGCCCGUGGAGGAUCUGCGCGCGCGGCUGGACGCGCUGUGGCGGGAGCUGGCGCUGAGCCUGAGCGAGCGGGGCGGGGAGGGCGCCGGGGAAGGCCCCGCGGGGGAUCCCGGGGAAGGUGGCGGGGAGGAUCCCGGGGAAGGCCCCGCGGGGGAUCCCGGGGAAGGUGGCGGGGAGGAUCCCGGGGAAGGCCCCGCGGGGGAUCCCGGGGAAGGUGGCGGGGAGGAUCCCGGGGCGGACCCCGGGCGGCUCCGGCGCUGA